AUGGCUUUCUAUGUCAUUAGUGACGACUCCACGAUUCUUCCCCACAAGCUUCACCUUCAUCUAUCCCACGGUUUACAUAGCACUGGUUCCAAACUCGCUCGUCUUGAGAAGGAUUUGGGCUCUGAUUAUUCCAGAAAGAUGGCGCUUUAG